GCGCCCUAACGUCAUCAGGCAGCGCCGGAAGUACCCUUGCGCUGCCUAGGAGACAGGACGCGGGCUCGGCUGCUGACAGGGCCGGGCCGGCCGCGCCCACCCGGUCGCCAUGGAGCUGCCUCCAGGGCCGCGCGAUGAUCCCUGCGCCUGGGACGAUGACUCGGAGCCGGAGCCGGAGCCUGACCCCGACGCACAGGCCGAGGCUUACGUGGCCCGCGUGCUCAGUCCUCCGAAAUUCGGGCUGGCGCCCCCGCGCGCCCCUCCGCUGCCUGCGCCCGCUGUGUCCCUUGGCGCUCUGGAGCCGCGGGCCGCGUCCAAGGGCCCGGCGGUGGCGGUUCCGGGCCUGCUGAGCCUUCCUCCGGAGCUACUGCUCGAGAUAUGCGCCUACCUGGACGCGCGCCUCGUGCUCCACGUCCUGCCGCGCGUGUGCCACGCGCUGCGCGACCUCGUGCGUGACCAUGUCACCUGGAGGCUACGCGCGCAGCGCCGCGUACGCGCGCCCUACCCAGUGGUGGAAGAGGAGGACUUUGACUGGCCAGCAGCCUGCAUUGAGCUGGAGCAGCACCUGUCGCGCUGGGCAGAGGAUGGGCGCAGGACUGAGUACUUCUGCCUGGCCGAUGGGCACUUUGCUUCCAUUGACUCAGUGCUGCUGCUCCAGGGUGGGACACUCUGCCUGUCAGGCUCCCGAGAUCGCAAUGUCAACCUGUGGGACCUGCAACAGCUGGGGGUGGAGCCCAGCCGGGUUCUGGUCAAGGCCCUGGGCACCCAGAAGAACAGCACUCACAAGGGCUGGGUGUGGUCACUGGCGGCGCUGGACCACCGAGUGUGCUCUGGUUCCUGGGACAGCACCGUGAAGCUCUGGGACAUGGCGGCUGAUGGGCAGCAGUUUGGCGAGAUAAAGGCCAAGGCGGCUGUGCUGUGCCUGUCCUACCGGCCUGAUAUCCUGGUGACUGGCACCUAUGACAAGAAGGUGACCGUCUACGACCCCAGAGUCGGCCCGGCCCUGCUGAAGAGCCGGCGGCUGCACUCAAGCGCGGUGCUGGCGCUGCUGGCGGACGACCGGCACAUCAUUUCAGGCAGCGAGGACCACACGCUGGUGGUGUUUGACCGCCGAGCCAACAGCGUCCUACAGCGGCUGCAGCUGGACUCCUACCUGCUCUGCAUGUCCUACCAGGAGCCUCAGCUCUGGGCCGGCGAUAACCAGGGUCUGCUGCAUGUCUUCGCCAACCGGGAUGGCUGCUUCCAGCUCGUCAGGUCCUUUGAUGUGGGCCACAGGUCUCAGAUCACAGGGAUCAAACACUCCCUGGGGGCCUUGUACACCACGUCCACCGACAAGACCAUCCGGGUGCACGUGCCCACAGACCCACCAAGGACCAUCUGCACUCGAAGCCACCACAACGUGCUGAAUGGGGUAAGGCCCUGUCCCAUGCGCCCUGCCUGGCUGCUCAGAGCACCCCUGACUCCUCAUGUCCCCGCCCUGGCAGAUCUGCGCUGAGGGCAACCUGGUGGUGGCCGCCUCUGGGGGCCUGUCGCUGGAGGUCUGGAGGCUGCAGGCCUGAGCAGGCAGAUGUGGAUGUGGAUCUGCCAGCUGGCAGGCUGGGCUGGGGCCUCCGUUCUCAGGGGGGACCUUCCCCCACGCUGGUGCUGCCUUUGCCCCGCCCCCACAGGACUAGGGCACAAGGAGUCCUGGCCAUGGUGGGUGGGUGGGUGGGGUCCCUGGGCUGGGCCCCAUGCCAGGGGAGGUGAGGUUUGUGUUUCGGCCAACCCAGGGGGCUGCUCCCCACCCUCGGGCCCUUGUUUUUGUUAUGAUUUGGAUGCCUGCUCUCCCUGGAGAGCAAAGGAGAAAUAAAGCUGAUGUACUGGUG